CGUGGGACAGCGGCCUCAAGACAGGCUCAUAUAUGAGAUCACAGCAUACGACUGCUCGCCAUGUCAUCGAGAAUUCCGCUCUGGCUCGACUGUGACACGGGUCACGAUGAUGCAUAUGCCCUCCUCCUCAGCGCUCACGAUCCGCGCGCCGAACUCCUAGGCGUCAGCACCGUGCACGGCAACGCCGCCCUCGAUCAGACCACCUUCAACACACGGGCCAUACUGGAGGCAUUAGGAAGACGCGACGUGAAGGUCUACCCUGGCGCUGCGAAGCCAAUCGUGCGCGAUGCAGUCCAUGCAGCCGACAUCCACGGCGAGAGCGGCCUGGACGGAGUGACACUGCUGCCGCAGCCCGUCGAGCCGGCCGUCGCCGAUGUCGACUACCUCGAGGCCAUGCAUCGAGCGCUCAUUGCGACACCACCCAACACUGCAUGGCUGGUGUCCACUGGCACCUUGACCAACAUCGGGCUGUUGUUCCAGAAGCACCCAGACGUGGCUCGCCAUAUCAAGGGCCUAAGCAUCAUGGGUGGUGCCGUAGGGAACCGGUUCACAGAUGCCCCGAUGGGCAAGGUCAAGGGCGAGGGCGAGCGCUUCGGCAACUGGACCGCCUAUGCUGAGUUCAAUAUCUAUUGCGAUCCCGAAGCAUCGCGUUUCAUCUUCUCGCACCCCGUUCUCCGGCCAAAGACGACCUUGAUCCCUCUGGACCUCAGCCAUCAGGUGCUUGGCACACAGGCGGUCCGCCGCUCCUUGUUGUACGGACAGAGGGCUGAGUUCGAUGUGGAUACAACACGGCUCCCGUCUGCUCUACGAGCCUUGUUCGCCCAGAUCAUGGCGUUCUUCGCAGGAACUUAUGCAGAGGUCUUCUCAAUCACCGAAGGCCCACCCUUGCACGACCCUCUCGCCGUCGCCGCAGCCCUCUAUCCCGACAUCUUCGACGACAGGGAUGGCGAGCGCUUCCGCGUCGACAUCGUUACAGAAGGCGUGCACUCCCUCCACCAGUCUGAAGUCGGAGAGCUCGGUAGGACAAAGGUCUCAGCACUUCAGCCAGGCGAGGGCGGCUGCAGGAUUCCGCGAGGCGUUGACCGCGACAAGUUUUGGGGCCUCGCAGAAGAUGCUCUAAAGCGUGCAGAUGCUGUCAGUCCGAUGCCGCAGCUCUCUCGCGAAGACUUGGAAAAAGAUGGCGUCUUUGUUGGGAUCGAUUGAAAGAGCAGGUCGCUUCCAUGGCGCCUUCCCCACCACUGCCUCCUUCCCAUUUCUCUACCUCAUCAUAGACGUCAAGAAAGACAGCCACAUGCACCCGCCAUCCUCGCUUGCGAUCUUAGCCAUGUAGAAGAGCCGCAGUUCCCACAACUCUUGC